AAGUCAGAAUCCCACUGCAGAAUCCCAACGAAAUCCGGUACGACAACUGCCGGCGUUCUCACGGCGCGUGAAUCCGCCGCGUUCUCGUAGCUGGUAAACACAAAUCAGCUGAUCACAGAGUUAGCAACAGUGUGGGUCACAUGCCUCUGGAGGCGUAACACUCAAAAACCACCAUGGAAAACGGUGAAAUAAACAUAGUGGUGGAAGAGCCUAGGGAGGAGGAGGAGGAGGAGGAGAAGGAUGAAGCAACAAAUGAAGAUAUAGAAGAGGAAGAAGGAAAAGAACCAAGAGAAAGGAAAACAUCACUGCAUAGUCCCAGAGACAGAAACACGUUGUCUUCAUCACCGCAUAGUUUUAAUGAACGCACUCCUCUUUUGAGUGCGUCAGCUCCUCAGGGAGGGUUGUACUCAAGCUCAUGGUCCACAACAGUUGGACCUUCUCCAUAUACUUCUGACAACAAACCAAAGAGACGACCUUUUCAUCGCCCCUCCGUAGGAAGUACGGCUAGUGAGGUGACCAGUCCUGAACGGAGAGAGAGCGAAAACUUCGAUAGACAACUAUAUACUCGCUACCGUUAUUACUCACGAUUAAGAGCUUCUGUUCAAGCGAGUGAACAUGCCUUGGUGAUUCCAGACCAUAUUGUCCCCCCAGAGUUAUUCUUGCCGUAUAUACCUGGACAUGUACGAGAUGCUGAUGGGAAGCAGUCGUCAUAUAUCACAAUCAUUGCCAUUUGGAACACUAUGAUGGGGACCUCACUCAUGACAAUGCCAUGGGCCUUUGGGCAAGCGGGCUUCGUAGGUGGCAUAAUCAUCAUGCUGGGAAUGGCUGGGAUUGCUCUGUACACUGCCAUUCGCUUGCUUACAUUGCAGAAGACUAUGGGCUUGGAAGGUCCCUCACUAGAACUCAGCCGUCUAUGCUGGCAGCUUCUAGGAGGAACGCUAGGCAGAAUAACGGAAGGUUUAACUGUCACUUUCUCUGUAAUAACUUUGGUGGGAGCUCAGGUUGUGUACUGGGUCCUGAUGUCAAAUUUCCUCUUUAACACUGGAGAGGUGAUAUAUGAUGCAAUCCAUGGUGAGAUCCACAAUGACUCAUCCAGUGCAUUGCUUUGCCCACCCAACGUUACUAAUGAUGAAAACAUUAAAGGGCCAGAACCCAGUGAGUUCCACAAAUGGUGGCAGCAAGACCUGACUGUGCCAUUGUACUUAAUCGUUCCCUUCAUCUUUGUGCUGAACCUUCGAGAUGCCAAGAUCUUCACCUAUUUCAACUCUCUGGGUGCCAUCUCUGUGUUAGUCAUGUACCUAUUUGUAGUCGGUAAAGCUGCAACUUGGGGAAUUAACAUUAACUUUACUGAUGUCAGCAGUGAUUUUUAUGUGCCCCUGUUCAAGAGCUCAUUCAUGUGCCUGACGGGAACAUUAUCGCUUGCUUACUUCAUUCAUAACUGUGUUGUUACUAUCAUGCAAGGUAACAGACACCAGGAAAAUAAUGUUCGCGACUUGAGUAUUGCCUACAUCCUCGUAGCUCUGACAUACAUUCCUAUUGGUGUUCUUUUCUACUCUGCAUUCCCCAUGCCUAAGUAUUGUGUAGUUGAUAAUUUCUUGGACAACUUUCCCCCACAUGACGUAGUUCUGGCUGUUGUGCGUGGCUUCCUGUUCUUCCAGAUCUUGACUGUGUAUCCCUUGUUAGGUUUCUUUAUCCGAAACCAGCUGUUCACAUAUUUCAUGGGACCCUCAUAUGAGUACAGGCUUUGGCAGGUGUUUUUACUAAAUACUUGUCUCCUGACAAUGUCUGUGUUGGUGGCCAUCUUCUACCCAAAUAUUGGAUUCAUCAUCAGAUGGGUUGGUGCGAUAUCUGGCUUAGCUUACAUCUUCAUGUUGCCAUGUGUGACAUACAUGUAUGCUCUCUACACACAAGACAAGCUCCAGUGGUAUCAUUGCAUAAUUCACUUUUCUAUUAUUUUGAUUGGCAUUUGCAAUUUCAUAUCCCAAUUUUUGCUGGGUUAAGAAUUGUGUAAGGGUAUUCUUGUUUUUUAUACUACGUUUGUGGUAAAAUCACAAGAGAUUUUUCAUGAUAUUUUUUGGCAUGUGUAGCAAGUGAUUAUCAUCACUGUUGUUAUUGAUUCUAUUUCUAUAAUGGUUUUGGUUGUUAUUAUUAUUAUUAUUAUUAUUAUUAUUAUUAUUAUUAUUAUUAUUAUUACUAUUAUUAUCAUUAUUAUUAUCAUUAUUAUUAUCAUUAUUAUUAUCAUUAUUAUUAUCAUCAUCAUUAGUGCACUGGUGGUAAUUCAGAGACGAUGAACUUACAAUGCCCAAAAUGUCAUUUUUAUAGUAAAGUAUGAAUGAACUGUACAUUUCAGAGGAUUCUGAGCAGAUGUUUAGCGUGAUGUUUUAACUAGGGAAGUGAACUGAUUUUGUCGCCAGCUAGGAGAUUUUGGGGAGUGAUGGCUGGUUCAACACUCUUUGUCUUUGCAAAUACCAAUAGGUCAAGGGGAAUAGAAACAGGAUUCAGAGCUUUCAUCUACCCUAGGAUAUAGUCAUGCACUUCCCCAGGCAUAGGAAUUUGAGUCUUGCCUUAGUAUUUGUAAAACUUGCAGAUAGCGGUGGCACCACGUGCAGGCACUUCUUUGCCACCACAAAGAUAUUGAUGAUUCUUCUUUAGGUUGUAAUCACCCAUGGGGAUGAGUUGCUAUGGAACUUCAUUUUCAGGGUUUAUAUAUUAGCAUAAGGACCAUUGCAUCAAGAUCAGGUGAUGUUUCUCUGCAUGCUUGUUUAAACUGAGAGAUGAAGAUAAUCCCUAAAAAUGUCUCACACCAAUGAUGUCAUUAAAUUCACUAUAGUAAAUCUACAUAAGUGAUCAGUCAGAACUGCACUGUAGUAUGUAAUGGGGGAAGCAUGGAAGAAAGGAUGUUUGUUCUUGUACUGGGGGUGACAUGUUCAUUUAUAUAGAUGCAGAGAUACAAGAUGCAAUUCAAAGAAGUUAAGUAGGAUUAAUUUUAUUUUUAUUAGCAGUGGCUAUUCAAAUAGUAUGAACACUUGCAAAGUUAGCAUUGGCAAAACAUGACAGGAGAGCAUGUCAUUCUUUAUACUCUAUACUGCUGCACUGGGAAGAAGCAGAACCUUAUCCAAUAUUGUAUGAAAGUGUCCCCUAUAGUGAGAUGAGCUAUCAUAACGAAGUGAAGAGGUACUCCCUGCUUCUAGUCAAUCAGGUAUUAUAAUAGUCACAAACUAAGAAUAGCAAUGACUUAAAUUUAUAUCUGGCCUUGUUGAUAUAUACAUUAGUGCAUAUUUACACAGAAUUUUAUUUUUAUGCAAGUCUGCCUUAUCCAAGUAAUGUGUCCCAUGGGUGCAUGAUUUAUACUUCUUUGUAACAAUCUCAAACUUUUGUUAUACACUAAAAAGUGAUAUGAGAACCUUCCAAGAAUAUUGAUGUAAUACACUAAAAAGUUAUUCAGAAAAAAUAAUCCAUGAAUGUUAACAGUCAUGGGUUUAUUAUUAUUCUUUUAUUUUCGAUUUGUAUAUUUGAGCGUUAUCCAAAGAAACUCCAUAACCUUUUAUUCGCUUAGUACUAGGUGUUGUGAUUAGAUUACUCCAUUUUGAUAUGUAUAUAUAUAUAUAUAUGUGUGUGUGUAUGUACUGCUGAAUCUAUCAGCUUUUUAUUUUCUUUUUUUUCUCUUCUCUUUUCUUUUUUCUUUUCUUUUUUGAGUUCUGCUUAUCAUUUGAAUGGUAAGAUUAAAAAUACUUCAGAUCAAAAAUAUUUUUAUAUAAAUCUAAGGAAAAGUCUUCUUAGAUCAAGUGCUCAAAGUAUUAUCCCCUUUUCUUCAUACAGGUGCUAUACCUUAACAUGUGUAAUCAAGAGGGGAGGUAUAUGGCAGAUAGGUGUGAAUGGCACUUGUAAACUCAGUGGUAUAAUGUAACAUGUCCAAAAACACAAGCAUUUAAGUAGUCAGUGUCACUAUAGUAUUUAAUGGAGAAUUCAUUCAGUAACACAGUAAACUUUCUUAUUGAUAUUUGUUUAAGGGAUUCUUUUUGUUCAUUAUCAUCAUAGAGAUGUAGGAAUUGUUUUUACUAUAUAGAGAAAAGUAUGUUUUAUUAGGUAUCAGCAGCCUGAAAGUUUUCUUCAUUACUGUUUCUGAGUAUUUUUAACAGCCAAUGAAUAUAUUUUGUCUAUAGCAAUUUCAUACUCUUAAAGGCAUUUUCAAAGAACACAAAUUAUUUUCAUUUGAAUUAAUUUUGAUGAUUUAUUUAGAAUGUAUAUUUUGCCCUUUACAACAUUAAUGAUUAAUAAGCAUUGAUAAAUUGAAAUUUUAUGAUCCAUUACAGAAAGGACUUAUUGAAUAAUGCUAUCUCAGAUAUGUAAUUUGUACUGACCAUGUAAACAAUACAAGUAUUAGAUACUAAAUAGUAUUAUAUCCUUUGUUUUUGCAUGGUAGCUGUAUGUUCCAUCCCAGUAUGACACAGGAAUCUCAAAUUUUAUUUGUAAAAUAUGUGAUUUAGAAGGCUGUUUUCUGUAAGUAGAUUUAAGAGAAAAUGAAAUGUAAUUUUGUACCUAUGAGAAAUCGUGAAUAUUAGUAUAUGUCAAAAAAAUUAUAUAUGUAUAUAUAUUUCAAGUAGAGAAUUCUUUGUGUAACAUUCUACUGGUAUUAGCAGUAAUAUUUGAGAAGCAAACAAUGUAAUUGUAUUGCAGUGUUAACACCUUGUGCUGGGGACACAGAUUCAGUCAAUCUUAUGCAUCUUUUCAACAGUAAAUGUGGUGUAAUUGAAGAUAAUAUUGUAUAAUAUUUAUAACACUGCUGUCCACUGUAACCAUUGUAAAAGGUUCAAAGGAUAUAAGUGGCCUUGUGUUGCUAAUGUAGAUACCAUAGAAAUAUAUUACUGGUUGAAUUAGAGAACUAAUGUACAUAAAAAAACAGACAGACACAAAUUCAGGACAGGGAAUUAUCUUUAUUUGAAAAGAUAUGAACAGUUAGUUUUUGUUCUGUUGAUUUUUUUUCUUUAUUAUUGUUAUUAUUAUAUAGGACAGCCUUUCAUUGACACUGAUUUGAUUAUUCAGACAGUAGAUAGAACACCCUAUACAAAAAAAAAGUGGAGGAUUUUUUCUAACUUGUUUAAAGUUGUGUCCUAUUUUCGGAUUAUGUAAUAUGUACAUAGAAUAUAUUGAAAUUCAUUUAUUAUAUUUAUUUGUUAAUCUAAGAAUUUUAGAUUCAGGAAGUUCUUGUUUUAAUAACACAAGCCUAGGGAAAAGCCUGAUAGUAAUUAAUAAGUGUAAUAGGUACUGAUGCCAGUCUAUUUAGUAGGACGAGAUCUAUGCAUGUCUAGAGUAGCUUUUGAGGAAGUGAGAGUAACUAUAGGUCCAUAAUCAAGUGAUUUACUCCUUGCCUGUAUUCUGUCCUAUAUUUUUGUAACAGAUAAUGGGUAUUAGGACAGGAAUACGAUACCAUGUACUCACUUAACUCAUGUAGUCUUGAAUGUAGCUGCAACACUGAUAAGAUACAGGAAUGUUGAAAAUAGGCAUAUGUAACACUGUGAGUUACAAUAAAUGUACUUUUUUUUUUAAAUGUCAUCUUGUCACCAAGACUUUUUAUAGAUGCAUAGAUGAAUUAGCAAUACAGUAUUUCUUAAAGUAUUAUCAGAAACAUGUAAUUGGAAUAUAAUUGGAGAGUAACAUCACGAGUAUUCAUCAUAUACUGAUGAAUUAGAUACAAAGACCAUCUUCAGUUGAAGUGCCUAUGUAAAUUAAUAGAUAAUUUCUUGUAACAUACCCCUACUUUCUUAUCACACUCACACUAACACUUAACACUCAAACCCUGUCAAACUCUCUAUCUCUGAGACACACGCUCGCACGCAGACACGCACACGCACACGCACACGCACACGCACACGCACACGCGCACGCACACGCAUUUGCACACACACACACACACACACACACACACACACACACACACACACACACACACACACACACACACACACACACACACACACACACACACUCACACACAAGCAAAAUAGUUGGAAACUUGUGAUUUUAUUUUUUCCAAAAUUUCCUGUAUUUUGUAAGUGAAGUUAUGUUAGUUUGAUAAUCUUUCUAUUGAGAAACUAUAACAAAGCCAAAGUUUGAUAUGCUUAUUACUACCAUAUCAAAUAAAAAGUGUAUUUUAGUUUAGAAAUUGCUGAAGUCAUUUGAGUUUAGUUUUACAUAAUAAUUUGUACUUUACAAAUACAGAAUUUAAAUAAA